GGGGAGCAGUGACGUCAGGGGAUUCCCUCCGGGGGCGGGGCCGUUUGACGGAGAAUCCCUCCAGCCCUCCCCGGUGCUUGAGGUGACGUCAUAAGGACCCCCGGGGGCGGGGCGAUAGCUUGCGGGGCCGGGGGGUGGGAACAAAAUAAAGUGACGUCACGGGGCGGGGCCUCUCCGCGGGGGAGUAAUCCCCGUUGCAGGGGCGGGUGGCAGUGAUGUCACGGGGACCCCCUGCUGACGUUGGCGGAAGCAGGAAGUGCUGAAGAGGCGCCCGAGGCCGCCAUGGGGGCGCGCAGCGGGGAGACGUGGGCGCAGCUGGUGGGCGCCUUCCGGGCCAGCCCCGGCGCUUUCCUGGCCACCCGCGGCCCCGACGAGCCCUUCUUGCCCGAGGUGCUGCAGGACCUGGGGGCCGAGCGGCUGAGCGAGCAGACCAAGCUCUCCCUCCUGUCCCUGCUGCUGGAGUUCCCCACCCUGCUGUACCCAGACCCAGGCUCAGGCGAGGCCGCGGGCGCCUCCCUCCUGGCCACCUACGCCCACCUGCCGCCCCGGCCCGCCGGCCCCCCGCUGCUGCGCCAGCGCCUCCUGCUGGCGGCCGGCACCGUCCUGCUCUGCUCCGACGCCUUCGGCCCAGGCUCCCGCGCCUCCCGGGACUACGCCUCCCUGCUCCUGCACCUGGCCUCCGACCUCAACGACCAGCGCCAGGGCCCCGGCGCCCACGGGCUGCGGCUGACGGCGCUCGAGUGCCUGCGGGAGCUGGAGACCUGCUGCCCGGGGCUGCUGGCGCGGCGCCUGGACUCGCUGCGCUCCAUGCAGCGGCAGGAGGCCAGCCCAGCGCACCAAUCCUACGCCCUGCUCUACAGCCUGGCGCUGCGCAACGCCGUGCUGGGCCUUGCCCGCCGCGACCACGGGGGCCUGGCCGACCUGCUGGCCAGCAACGAGGGGCUGGCAUGGGAGGCUGCGAGCGCGGCCAGCGCCGUGAGCCCCGGGGAGGCUGACCGGCUGGAGCUGCUGGCAGCACCGGGGGAGACGAAGGAGCUGCGGUCGGUGCUGUCCCCGCUGCUGGAGGCUUCGGCCCUGCUCUCGCCGGUGGCGCAGGCCCACGUGCUGUGGCAGCUGGCGCAGGCAGUGGGCGUGAUCCGCACCCAGUCCCCAGCCGUCUUCAAGGCCCCGCUGGUGCGGCUCUUCGGCACGGCGCAUGCGGCGCUGCUGCACGCCAGCCUGCGGCUCAAAGCCCUUUUCACCGACAGCCUCUUCACGGCCGAGGACGAGGCCUUUCUCCUGCGGCGCCUGGUGGCGUUGGCUGGGCACCCGGCCCUGCCCUCGCCCCUGCGCCUCUUCUACCUUGACUGCCUGCUCUGCUUCCCCGAGAACCGGCCCCUGGGCUCUGAGGGUGUCCCUGUGCUGCUCACCCCCCGCCUGGCCGCCAGCCUUGUGCCCUCCGUCUUCCAGGACCCGGGCACCGUGCUGGCCCGCUGCCACCUCUUCAGCCUGGUCUGCCUGGAGAACCCAGGGCCCGAGGCCGACAGGGGUGUAGGGGUCUUGUUCGAGCAGCUCCUGGCGCUGGCGGGGGUCGUGGCGGGCUGGGGGGCGGCAGCGAGAGGGGGAGCAUCUGAGGGGGGCUGGGAUUUGGGGUCCAGAGGGGUUCAGGAUGGGGGGCCUGGGGUGGGCUGGGAUAGGGGGUCUGCAGGGGUCCAAGACUGGGGGUCUGUGGGGGGCCGCGGGGCCCGGGAGGCAGCAGUGCUGUUCUUCCGCUCUGCCUACCUCUUCGUGCGCUACUUUGGCUCGCAGGCGGGGCACGGGCCAGAGCUGGCGGCCGCCCUGGCCCGGCUGUAUGGCCACUGCCCCGCACUGGCCCCUCACUUCCUCAACCUCCUGGCCGAGACCCGGGCAGCCCUGGACGACCCCGCGUGGCCGGCGGCGCUGGCCGGAGCCCUGCAGGAGCUCAUCGUGGGCCAGCCCCCACGGCCCCGUGACCUCCCCUGGCACCUCCGGGUGCUGUCCCACGUGGCCGGGGCGCCAGGGGUGCCAGUGGGAGCUGCGGCGAGCUACGUGCAGCGCCUGGCGUGCUUGGCUAGGGCUGGCCGCCUGGGGGGUUGGCGACCCGGCCAGGCUCUGCUGGGCGUCUGCCGGACUCUGCUGCAGCGCCCGGGCGGUGCCGGGCCGCCCCUGGCCGCACUCCUGGAGGAGCUCGCCUGGGGCUACCCGGACGUGGACGUGCAGCACCGAGCGCGCUUCUACCGUGCCCUGCUGGCCUCGCUGGGGGCCGAGAAGCUGGGGGCCGUGCUGGCCCCUGCUGGGCGCCUCCAGGCCCGCACCCUCUCGUCCUCGCUGGUGGCCGAGAGCGAAAGCUUUACCGCCGCCCUCACGGUGCACCCGGCGCCCCACGUCCCGCUGCGCCUAGAGCGCCAGGCCCUGCCAGCGGCUGGUGCGCCGCUCCGAGUGCGUGGGGUGGCCGAGGUGGCUGCAGAGAUCUCGACCCCGGCGGCUCCUCUGCCCUUGAGCCUGGGCUACCGGGUGCUGCACGCUGGGGACCCCCCGGAGCCACUCUUGUGCCUCCUGCUGCGGUUCGAAGCCGGCAGCGGCUACGGCCCCGUGCCGGACAUCCACGUGCCCUGUCUCCGCGCUGGGCACCCGCCGCCUGCCCUCACCCUGCAGCUCCAGCCCCGGGCCCCCUACCCCACCUGGGUGGAGGUCACGGCUCUCUACAGCACCCCGGGCGGCCUCACCUACAGCUGCCGCCUGGCGCCCUUGGAGGUCUCCUUCCCCGACCUCUUCCAGCCGCUGGCGUUGCCCCCGGAUUGGGACCUCCCGACCCGCCGGCACCUCUUCCAGGCCCUGUGGGAUGCCCUGGGCCCCGGGGCCGAGAGCCUGGUGAGCUGGGCCCAGCUGCAGCAGCCCGUGGCCAGCCUGGUAGAGAGCGUCUUCGCGAGGUACCUGGUGGCGCCGGGCUCUGGCGCCUGCGAGGUGGGGCUGGCUCUGCCGCCCCGGCACCGGGUGCUGCUCCGGGCGCGGGAGGCCACCGGCGGAGGGGCAGCGUGCGUGGCUCUGCGCACUGACCACUGGGGGGCGCUGCCUCUGCUGGGGAAGUACCUGCGGGAGGUGGGGGGAGAGGGGGGCUGAUCUAGGGUGGGGGUC